CUCAACCUCUAUGCAAGUCACCGUCUCCCUCCUUCCAGUUUCUCUUUCACUGGUGCAUAUUCCAAGGUGUCGCCUGCUUGAGCUCUCUCAUCCCAUCAUCCGUCAAAUCCUUCUCCCCAACCCUUCGUUUCUAAAUCUCACUUGCAAUCAAGUCGAGCUUUCAAUCUUUGCUGAACACCAUGUGCUCCGAGACUUUGAACCCAUCGCAAGGAAAGACAGGCAACGUAUCAGGUCACGGUCAGGAUCCUCUGGCAGAAGUCGAGCGGACUCUUGGCCGGAAGAGGACUUGGUUGAGGUAUCCGUCGAUACAUGGAGAGUGCUACAGAUAGACUCUCACUCUAGUGGUCUAGGUAAUGCCGGUGCACGGGUGCACGAGCUCUCCGCACCUCUGGCGGCAGCAGGCAUCUCUAUUCUAUAUCAAUCCUCUUACAUGAGUGACUUCAUCUUCGUCAAACAAGUUCGCCUUCAGGAGGUUAUCCCUAUCCUGGCAUCUGCAGGAUAUGACCUUUACUGCUCCGACCCAGAUCACCUCACUGCUCAAAUGUCCCCUCUUCACUCCCCUACGCUCCGUGGCUCGGACGAUGGUCCACCACUAGACUUGUCUUCAGGUGCUGUUCUCACGCGCACGAGGAGUAACACAGACGAGUCACUUCAUGGUCGAGCGGCUAUGCUGAUGUCUCUACCACCACCUGCCCUCUCGGAAGAACCUGGCACAACUCCACCUAGACCCACUGCUGUUCGCACAAAAUCUCUAUCCCCGUCGUCAUCUGACGUUCAGCUCCUUCCCACCGAUCUCACCUGCGUGGGUCUCGCCGACGACGCGGCAGACGUAUGGGCGCUCAAAAUCGUGAAGUUGGUUGCUUAUCCAGAGCUGAUUGUCCCUAAAACGGUCGACGUCGAGUCGAUACCUGUGUUAAAACCCGUUCAGAGCGAGGUUUCGUACUCAGAUACCCCAGAAGACGCACCCUCACGAACACCAAGUCCGUCGACUUCAUUAUCGUCCGAAGGAGAGGAUGGCUAUUUCUCCGCCUCUCCCCCAAAUCAGUCUUCGACUUCUCUCGUUUCUUCUGCGGCCUCUCGAUCAGCUGAGAGUCUGCCAACGACUGGGACACAACUAGAGACACGCAAAGUCGCUGAUAGGCCUUCUCAUCUGCACCGUAUCAACCCAUCUACGCCUCAGCCUCUCACGCCUGUGCACGUUCGCGAUAUACCAUCCCACUAUGCGAUUUUUCCUUUGUCGCCCACACCUUCAUCACGUCACCGCCGUCGUAUCACGCCGGAUUACGCUGUCCCCUUCUUUUCUCUCACCCGGACACAAGAAGGUUCCUCACUAACUGCUCCGACGGCCGUGCUUACCUCGCUCUUCCCUCCUUCCGAGAGGCACAUGGUCAUCUGCAGCGACGAGCUGGAUGCCCUAGACUCGCCUGCGCAUCCGGUUGCAGAAGCCGAGGAGAUGGAUGAUGAAGGACAUGAGAUGGGUGACAAGAACGGACCUAUGCGGUGUUUGCAAAUCGAUCUUAGACAAUUUGGGCUCGACAAACACGGUUUAGUCAACCGCUAUUCCCGCGUCCUGGGAGAGAACGGGAUCAAUCAUAUGUAUAGUUCGACGUUUAAAACUGCGAACCUAUUGGUCGAUACCCCACAUGCUGCUCGCGCCCAGGCUCUUCUCCGUGCAUGUUAAGUUUCAUGCGUUUAAGAUGGCCGUUCACCAUUUCAGUAACCCAACGCGCGCCCCAAAACUCUGAUGCUAUCGUGGACAACUCACAUUACGUCUCUUACGAACGGGAUACUCAUGUCAUCAUUGUCACCCACGACCGUCCACCCUCAUCAAUCUAAAUGUAUUUCAACGGAAUUCGUCCUUCUCGUCAGGGUUCCUGUCCUUUUCUCCGUUAUGUGAUCCUUUGCUUCCGAGUCGGAAUCUGUUCGUCCCAAUCAAGCGUCAUUUUCUACGUUCUGAUACCCUCACAGUCGCACUUCCUGCCGUGUGCCGUGACAAUGAACAACUCCUGUUGUACCUUGGUCUGCAUGUACUAUACCUACCGCAUAUCACCGCUCACCUUCUGCCAUCCCGGAUCCCCUUUUCAAUCGCUCCAUCUCAUCCAUCAGCCUCUUUUAACACGAUCACAGAUAUUUGCUUGUUUGCUUGCUUGUUCGUGUCUUUUUAUUGCCUUCGUGCUUCGGGUAUAUAACUUGGUUUCAACAUCUUCUUCUUCAUCUCACACUCCAUCUUCAGGCUUCGCACUGCUCCGCUUCUGGCUCCUCUCAUCCUCAUCCUCAACCUACUUUGUAUCAUCUAUGCUACUUACCAGUGUUCCUCAUUUUCAGUGCUUCAUCCCG